GUACGCACGAGAAUCUUGUCCAUAUGGACAAGCAUUAAUGAAAUUUCAAUAUCGUAAAAUAUUAAACUAUCAAUUAAAUAGAUUAUUUAUGCGACAAAAUGGCUACCAAUCUCUUAUUGACGAUGCCUGGCCAAUCGUCCGCAGCAAUUGACAAGCCUAAACACAAUUAUUGUGAAGAUGAUGAAUACAUUUUAAACGGAAUUCGUUUCAUGAAUUUUCGCAUGUUAUCAUCUGAUGAGAUUCAACGACAUUCGGUAGUAAAAGUAGCCAACACAUUUCUUUACGAUGGGCUCACAACUAAUCCUUCCAAGUUUGGCUUACUUGAUCGAAAACUAGGAGUUGGAACCAAAAGCCUUAGAUGUGAAACUUGUAAUCGUGAUUAUAAUGCCUGCGUUGGCCAUUUUGGAUGCAUCGAAUUAGCUUAUCCUGUUUAUCAUGUUGGUUUCUUUAACUAUACUGUCCAAUUAUUGCAAUGCAUUUGCAAACGCUGUGCUCGAAUAUUGCUGCCUAAUGAAUCCCGUCCGAAAUAUUUGCUUGGUAUCAGUGAUGACAUGAAUCCUCUUGCAAAAAAGGCUUUACAUAAAAAAAUCGUUGCUCAUUGUAAAAAAAUCAAAAUUUGUCCACAUUGUGAUUUCGAAAAUGGACAGAUCAAAAAAUAUCCUUUCAUGAAGAUAUUCCAUCUUAUACGAGCCAAAGAAACGGAAUUAUUGAGUUCGAUAUUCUAUGACGAAGAGAUGAACAGCAAAAAUGAACGCAAUAAAAUUUCCAUUGAUGAAGCGGAAAACUAUCUGGGAAAUUCUUAUGAAUUUCUCACUCCGCAUAAUGUGCUUAAACUUUUCGAAAAAAUUCCCAAAUCAGAUUAUAUCUUGUUGUUACUUUUGGACAAUUCGCCUAUGGAUCUAUUAUGUACACAUCUGCCGGUUCCUCCAUGCAUUAUUAGGCCAUCAUCACAUAAUAACACCGGAUUAAGAUCGGUCGAAGAUGAAUUGACCAUGAAAUUGAAUGAGAUUUUAAUUGCGAAUGAAACGCUUAAGAAACGAAUUCAAGAUGGCUCUGUUUUCAUCAAAAUGAUCGAAGCUUGGGAUUUUCUUCAAGUACUGGUUUCUGUAUACAUUAAUUCGGAUGUUCGUAAUUUACCUCCACAACACAAUUCGGUAGCUUCAGGUCAAGGUAUCGCACAACGUCUAAAAGGCAAAGAAGGUCGAUUUCGCGCCAAUCUUAGCGGUAAACGUGUCAACUAUUCUGCUCGAACUGUCAUUUCCCCAGAUCCGAAUUUAGCUAUCGAUGAGGUGGGCAUACCACUGAAGAUAGCCACUCACAUGACUUUUCCGGUAGUAGUCACUCCAUUCAACAAGAAAUAUUUGCAACAACUAGUUUUGAACGGUCCUUACCAACAUCCAGGAGCAAUAUUUAUAUUAAAUGAACAUCGCAAAACGCAUUUGAAUUAUGUAGAUCGCAAGCAUUUCGCAAGUAAACUCCAAAUUGGGGAUGUAGUUCUACGACACAUGAUUAACGGAGACUAUGUUUUGUUUAAUCGACAACCAUCGCUUCAUCGUCUAUCGAUCAUGUGUCAUCGCGUUCGUAUACAUCCGGAUCAAACAUUCAAAUUUAAUGAAUGUGUUUGCUCUCCUUAUAACGCCGAUUUCGAUGGCGACGAGAUGAAUGUUCAUUUCAUGCAGACAGAAGAGGCAAAGGCUGAAGCGGCCACCUUAAUGCAAUCAAAGUAUAAUCUUACUUCACCUAGAAAUGGUGAACCAGUCAUUUCACCGAUUCAAGAUUUUAUUACAUCUAUUUAUUUGAUGACUAAACGCGAUACAUUUUACAGCCGAUCCGAAUUCGAUCAUUUACUCGGUAUGCUUUUAGGUCAUAAAGAUUGUCGUCGAAAAAUUUGCUUACCCAAACCUGCUAUUAUCAAACCAAUACCAUUAUGGACUGGCAAACAAAUAAUUAGCAUGAUAUUGAAACCUUUCGAAGACUGUGAUUGUAGUUUGAAUCUUAAAUUCAUGACUAAAGCAUACAGCUCUAAUGAGGAAUUUUGUCCUAACGAAGGAUAUAUAUGGAUUCGCAAUAGCGAGCUUAUUUGUGGGACCUUAGAUAAAUCAGUGAUUGGUGGUGGAUCUAAAAAGAAUAUUUUUUAUCUUAUUCUCAAAGAAUACAACCCCAAUGAUUCAAUCGACACUAUGCUCAGGCUGUGUCGUGUAUCGAGCUUUUACAUAACAAAUUAUGGAUUUUCGAUCGGCAUUGAUGAUGUAACACCUACUCGUGCUUUAAUUGAGCAAAAAGAGGUGCUUGUUACGAAAGGUUACACCAAUGUUAAAACCUACAUAGAUCGAUACAAUCGCGGUUUAUUAAAUCCGAUUACCGGUUUGACUCGUGAACAGACACUUGAGUCAUUGAUUCUCAAAGAACUAUCAGAAAUUCGCGACCAUGCUGGCAAAGCUUGUAUCAAACAUAUAAGUCCUCGAAAUUCUCCUCUGGUCAUGGCAAAUUGUGGUUCCAAAGGUUCGCAUAUAAAUAUUUCGCAGAUGGCUGUUUGCGUUGGUCAGCAAUCAAUUCGUAACCAACGAGUACCCGAAGGUUUCAAUAAACGUGUCCUCCCUCAUUUUGAUUUCUUUGAUCGUUCACCUGAAGCACGUGGAUUUGUCGCCAAUUCGUUCUACUCAGGACUCAAUCCUUUUGAAUUCUUUUUUCAUGCAAUGGCUGGCCGCGAGGGAUUGCUCGAUACAGCAGUUAAAACUGCCGAAACCGGUUAUAUGCAACGACGGUUAAUCAAAGGUCUAGAAGAUUUAGUUGUUCAUUACGACUACUCUGUACGUAACAGUGAUGGUGAAAUUAUUCAAUUUGAUUAUGGAGAUGAUUGCCUUGAUCCGAUAAAUAUUGAAUCCAGUGAUAUGUUUGCUGAUUUUGAUUACUAUUGGAACCACAUACUCAGCAUCAAUUCAUAUCCGCAAGAACCAACAUUGAAUCAAAAUCAGAUUUACUGUUCUGCGCAGAAGAUUUUACAGCGCAAAGAAUUUGCAAAUUCUAUUCUCCCAUUUUAUAUAGAAAAAAUUUUAAAAUUUUUCGAAGAGAAAGUUUGUGAUAAAUUUGAAAGGCUGAAAAAUAAAACACACUCAUCUCAUGUCCGAAUUUGCUCUAGUCACGUCGAAGCAUUUUUACAGCGAAUUCUUCGUAAAUUAAUGGAAUCAAAAAUUGAUCCUGGCACAGCGAUCGGCGCCAUAUGUGCUCAAUCAAUAGGAGAACCAACGACGCAGAUGACAUUGAAAACGUUUCAUUUUGCCGGCGUUGCUUCCAUGAACAUCACUCAAGGUGUGCCACGUAUCACUGAGAUUAUUAAUGCGACAAAGAAUCCUUCGACGCCAUUCAUAAAAGCGCAUCUUGUUGAUCCAACAUCAGUUGAAUUGGCUGAAAUUGUCAAAUUGAAAAUAGAAAACGUUUACUUGGAUCAAAUUUGUGAAAAAAUUUAUCAAACCUUUAUUGAUGGGUUCUUAUGCUAUAUACUUAAGCUAAACCAAUUAGUUUACAAACAGUUACAUCUGAAUGAGAUUAUGGUUGAAGAGGCGAUCAAUACUCAGCUCAAGCCUGAUAUUUGCAAGAUUAUUUACCCUUAUGUUAAAAUCUUUCCUAAUGUUCGCCGUAUGAUCUAUCUUCCUCGAAUGUUCGAAGAUGAUUUGGCCAAAGUUUUCAUCUCAGGGAAUCGACACGUACAACGUGCUACCAUUCACGAGGAUGGUGGCAAAUAUUACUUAAUGAUCGAAGGCAAUGGUUUUCUUCAUGUUCUCGGUACUGAUGGUGUCGAUUCUCGGCUCACCAGCUCGAAUAACAUCCACGAAGUUGCCGCAGUAUUGGGCAUUGAAGCUGCUCGUGCUACUAUAAUUAGUGAGAUUAAAACCACAAUGAAAGGAUAUGGCAUUACGAUCGAUGAACGGCAUUUGAUGUUAUUGGCCGACACAAUGACCGCUUCCGGCCAUGUUGUUGGCAUGACACGGUCAGGCUUUUCAAAAGUGAAAAGUUCCACAAUCAAAAUGGCAUCCUUUGAACGAACUAUCGAUAAUCUGUAUGAGGCAUCGUACUACAAUAAUCGUGAUUAUGUUCUUGGUGCAUCUGAAUGCAUUAUCGUCGGUGCACCUACCAAAAUGGGAACCGGAUUUUUCGAUAUUGUGCCUGAUUUGAGAUCAUCUUUAUUGUCAUCAACAAUUUCUAAAAAUAUUGAUUACAAGAAUGAAAAAUCUAAAGUGGAUUUAUUUGAUGGCAUUGAGUUUUAAGAUUUGGGUAGAUAAAAUAUAUUCUUUAUGUGAUAAGCCAAUCCAAUUUUUUUGUGUAUAUAUCAAUAUUGUUUGAAUCAUUGUUUGACUAAUAUUGAUUGCAUCUUAUAUUUGAUUUUAAUUAAAUUUGAAAAGUCAAUU